AUGAAAGACAAAUGUCAUCAAUACGCCGACGACACAACCCUUUACGCUCAUUGCAAAUCCGAGAGUCUCCAAGAUGCUGUAGUUGAUAUGCAGUCAAGUGUUCGCAAGCUGGAAGAAUGGUCGAGUGAAGUCAACCUGGUCAUCAAUCCAUCAAAAACCACUAGUUCAGUAAUUUUAGCUCAUUUUAAGGCCAAGGUUGGAAAAAAUAGUAAAAAGCUAAAAAUUGUUAGAUGCAAACAUUUAACUAUCCUGAACAAUAUACUAAAAGUCCCCAUGUAUCCUCUUGGAGCUUUUUCCAUUAUGACAAGGUUUUUUUCGAUUUCCCUACUACUCCCAUAUAUUGUUAAAAAACGUGAAAUUUCAAGUUCACUCAUAACAAAAAUGACUCGCAUCACUAGAAAGCUCAUAAAAACUACAUAUAAGACAUUUAAACAGUCACCUAAAUUUUUCAAGCAGUUUUCGAGUUAUUGCUGUUGUGAAAAAUAGGCCAAAAUCUGGCAAAAAUCCUGGGUACUAGUCUGACAACACGUUUCCAACAGCUCAUAACUCAAGAAUAACUUGCAAAAUCAAGGUAGCCGUUUAAAUGUCUUAUAUGUAGUUUUUUGUAAGUUUUCUGAAGAUGUAACUUAUUUUUCCUAUAAAUGAAUCUGAAAUUUCACUUUUUUAACAAUAUAGGAGUUCAAUAGGGAAAUUGAACAAAAAACUUGUCAUAAUGGAGAAAGCUCCAAGAGGAUACAUGAGGACUUUUAAUACGUUAUCAAGGUUGCUGAAGAGAGUGCAUACGCCAAUUUUUGGCUCAGUUUACUAAUUUUUUCUGACCUGUUUUCUAUUUUGAUUGUACUACACAGUCAUAAUGGCUUAAUGCUGUCUACCGCACAACUGGCUUCCUCCCACUCACUGAAUGAUGCUCCAUCAAGAUUAAAAUCAAUGGCACACAGUGCCACACACGUAGAGUGAGUUAAAUCCACAAAAUAAUUACUGGGGUCUUGCAUUCACGAACACCUUAAAAGGGAAGAGCAUGUUAAAAACGUCGCCUCAUCUUGUUACUCCACCCUGGCCACGCUCAGAAAACUAAAAAACAGUUUACCAUUCAACGUCCGAAAGAACUUGGUACAUGCUCUCGUCUUAUCAAAACUUUACUAUAACGACGUAAUUUACCAUUCACUGCCAGAGUACUUUACAGAAACGCCUACAAAGGACUUGGGAACCGUUAGUAGGUGGGACAUGGUCAUUAUGUAUGAUGUAUACCAUCAUCACAUCAUACCGACACAUUGAUAACUUGACCCUCACCCCAGUGGAGGCACAUAAAACGAGAUUUGUCCCUUGAUUUUUCCCGCAAUGCCCACUCUAUUCUUUUAUAAUCUCUAUGUCACGUGUAAAGGACGGCUUUUAUGUUGUUUAUAUUGUUUUGUAUUGGCUUUUAUAAUAAUCGGAGAUGCGUUGACGGUUGACUGAGUCAAACAUAGUUAACUAUGAGUAGACACUCACAGAGUCAGACAUUCCAACUACUCCAGGUAAAAUUUAGGGAGACUGUUCAGUGAAUUGAAAUCUAAUUCUUAUGGGAAAAAAUAAUAAAAAUUAAUAAGUCUUUUGAAAUGGCAUUCCUGCAUUUUGGGAAUAUGUUGUUAUAAGUGAUCCUAUAAAUUGUCGUAAAGUAACUUCAUAAAAAGGUCAAGACAGACUAUUAUGUUGCUAAAAACAGUACAUUUAUGAUUUUUUUACGAUAUUUCCUGAAUAUUCUGAAAAAUCGGGAGAAUUUGAUAAAAAUCGGGAGACCAGGAGAUUGCACGAAUUUUCGGGAGACUCAGUCCCGGUAAAAUCGGGAGAGUUGGAAUGUCUGCAGAGUAGUCAAAUCAUCAAGCGAUUGAAAUGAAACCCAAGAAUUGCGUAAUAUCUGCCUUUGUCUUCCUUUGUCCCACUCAACCUCGUCCCCAGGGUCUUCCUCGUGGUGGCGCGUGAGCUCACGCGCCACCACGAGGAAGACCCUGGGGACGAGGUUGUGUCCAGUGAACUCUAAAUAACUGGAAGGCUAAGUCAGGGGGGGAAGUUGAAGCCGUGCUUGAAGCUUUUUUUGUAGGUAGACCCAGUCCUUUUUAAAAUUUUAUUUCAAAAUAUGCACAUUUUUCGAUCAGAAAAAUCUUGCCCCAAAAUAUUAGUUAUACUACCAAAUUUAAUUUAUAUCAGUAGUAUUAUAAAUGAAUUUAAUAUUCGCAAAGCAAACAAAUCACGUAUUAGCAAAAAAAUACGAAAAAACACGACCAUAAGCAUGAACGGUCAGAAAAACCGCGCGUUUUAGGCUGCUUUUUCUGAGUUUUUGGAAGUUUAAGAUAAAACUAAGACGUCAUACCUCAGGAAUUAUUUAAACCCAUGCAAAAUACAUCUGUAUGCGAAGUUUCAAGAAUAUUGAAAGUUUUAAGGUCGAAAAAAAAGCAUUUGAAAAUUGACAAAAAUAUGCCAUAUUCAAAAUGCUCAUAGUGGCCAACAAGAUGCCGAUGACGAAAAUAACAUCACUUGAAAAACGCCAAUUUAUUUAUGUUUAAAAGCGACUAAAACAAGGACUAAAAACUCAGGAUCAAUAACAAUACCUAGGGUUUAGUACAACAUAAAUUUUGGGACUGUCAAAUUGUUUUAUAGUAUAUAUUUUUUAGUUGAACGGCGGGGUUUCCUUUGGCACGUCCAAACUUUCGUCAUUUUUUCAAAAUACAAAAGCAAAACUCCUUACUUUUUGCUGCAGAGAGAUGUAAAACAGUUGGAACUAAUCGGAAAACCUGGUUUAAAUCCCAAUCAUUGUUGUAUUCCCAUGGAAAAAGUGUUUUUCUUGCAAAUUUUUGCUCGAAAACAAACUUUUGGCAGAAUUUUUUUCACUCCUCGAAACUCUGCUUAGUCCUUUUGAAAGCUGAUUUUCCCGCGCGCCGGCUUCAACGAAUCAUAGACUUUCAUCAUAGGAGUUAGCCUUCCAGUUAUUUUUAGAGUUCACUGGUUGUGUCCAUUGAACUAUAAAUAUUUAUAGUUCAAUGGUUGUGUCCCACUUUGACCUUUGCUAGUUGUCACGUGACAUCACCUGACCCGAUUCGUCUAAUAACAAAAUAAACUAGAUUUGAUUUGAUUGUGUUUCUUCUUUCUUUUUAUUUAAUAGUACUGUGCUUUUAAAUAUACUUUUUAAUAUAUUUCUUUUUCUAGCUGGUUAUGGAUUUGAUAUUGGAGAAAUUAGAUAACUAUUUCUUGACUCCAUAUGUAUAUCCGAGUGAUUGGCAUGCAGACGACUGGAAAAGACAGCUUCUAACUUUAUUUCUGCUCAUGAAUGUGGGUGGAUGGCUGCUGUAUAUUAUCUCAGCAUCGUUCAGCUAUAUGUUUAUCUUCGACCGCAGAUUAAUGCAGCAUCCACUAAUACUACAGAAUCAAAUUCGUCGAGAAAUCAAGGUGGCUACAUGUUCUAUCCCGUUCAUGGCUGUUCCUACGAUAUUUAUAUUCCUGCUAGAAGUCAAGGGCUACAGCAAGUUGUAUUGGUAUGAUCGCCCACAGCAAACAUGGGGUAAUUUCGUCUUGGAAAUUGGAUGCAGUGUUGUCCUAUUUCUGUUGUUUACAGACUUUCUUAUUUACUGGAUUCACAGAUGGUUGCAUCACAAGAGUGUUUACAAGUACCUACAUAAGACACAUCAUUUAUGGAAAGUGCCAACACCAUAUGCAAGCCAUGCAUUUCAUCCAAUUGAUGGUUUCUUACAGAGUUGUCCAUACCAUAUCUACCCAUUCCUGUUUCCUCUUCAUAAGAUUGUCUACCUUAGUUUAUUUCUCGCUGUGAACUUCUGGACUGUUUCCAUUCAUGAUGGUGAUUAUCGUGUCCCAGACAUAUUAAAACCAUUUGUCAAUGGUUCUGCCCACCAUACAGAUCACCACCUGUUAUACAACCAUAACUAUGGACAGUUUUUUACACUUUGGGAUAGGAUUGGUGGAUCAUUUCGAACACCAGAUGCUUUCAAUGGGCAAGCUCCAAUAGAUUUCAUUAAUAAGCAGAACAUAAAGAAGGAGGAAUGA